AUGCUAGAAAUACUAGGUGGUGUUUCCAGAUUCUUAGCAGAUCUUCAACAAGAGGAGUCUGAAAUUAGAAGAAGUUUGAUCUUGAAAAACAUUGAUCCUUCAAAGCGUGAUAUACUUAAGUCUACAGUGGCGGGCGAGUUGCUUGGCUCAAACAAGCACUACCCAAGAGCCAAAAAACUUGAAGGGCCCGACUCGUCGUACAUCACAAAGGUCACAGUACAACUCGAUGACGAGCGGGCAAAAAUCAACACCAGUUCAGAAGUACCGGAGCCACAAGCAACCGAAGAAGAGUUACCCGCAAUCGAAGAAGUAACUUCAGAGGUUAAUGGAACCCCACCCAGUUUGGCGGACGAUUACCCUGGUAUCAGGGAUUAUAUCAGGAAAGCCUACGCACUAAAAGAGUAUAAUCAAGGCGCGACUCAUGGAACUCUGAACAGCUUCCGGUCGGCGAUAGCACUCAUUUUCGGCCCAAAUCUUGGAGAGAAUCCGGAAAUCAAGAGGUUCUUCAAAGGAGUCUCAAAAUUGAAGCCACCCAGACCGAAGUACGACUGUAUUUGGGAUCCAGGAUUAGUUUUGGACUUGUUAAAAAAAUGGGGUCCUAAUGACAAGGUGAACCUGGAAAAACUAUCGCUGAAAGUAGUUUCAUUAUUAGCGUUGGUGACAGGUCAUCGAAUGCAAACACUGUCACUAAUAGAUGUUAGAAAUAUCAGUGUGGAAGACAAAGCUAUCGAGAUAAAGAUUCCCGAAAACAUUAAGACAUCGAAGCUCAACAGAAAUCAACCCGUGCUAUCAAUUCCUUUUUAUCCAGACAAUGUUUUGAUUUGUCCGGCUACCUCGUUGAAUCUAUAUCUAAAAGAAACUAAGCCAUUAAGAAAGGAAGAAAACAGACUGCUCAUUUCUUUCCGAAAACCGCACAAGGCCGUGACACCGCAGACAUUGAGCAGAUGGAUUAAGGAAGUACUGUCUGAAAGUGGAGUAGAUACUGCGAUUUUCACUGCAUAUAGUACUCGACACGCAUUUACUUCAGCAGCCAGCCGAAGUGGUGUCACCAUCGAUUGCAUUUUAAAAACUGCUGGCUGGUCAGCAAAGUCACAAACUUUUGCUAGGUUCUAUAAAAGAAAUCUGAUCGAAGAUAAAAAUGUCUUUGCGUUAAGUAUUUUAAAUAACUAACUUUGCUCACUAGAUAUAAGAAACUAAUAAAUAAUUAAU